AUGUCCACCAACGCUUACUCCCCUCAACCCCACUCCCCCUGCGUCCCAUCUGAGGAACAGGGGGAGUGGGUGUGGGUUCCGAAGACGGCCAUGCCUUCUCCUCAGGCUGGUCAGCUCGACUACCAAUUCACCACCACACCACUCUUCACACCCGCCUUCGGCGACUCCUCCGUUUCACCCAGCACACUCUCCGCCGACCCGUGGGACUCGUUGAUGAUGACAGGUCAAGUGGAUAACACAUUGUUUACUUCGCCCUCGUCCUCCAUGAUUAACGAGUUUGGCAGCCCUGCUGACGCCCUUCUCGAAGACUUUGGCCAUGUGGGCCGGUCGGAUCUCUUUCCCGAAGCUGUUCCGCCCCUUCAGGGCUUCCUUACGGACGAUCUCCUCACCCCCUUUAUGGACGCUACGCUCUUCCCUGCUGCCGAUAUCAACUUGAACCUGAACACCUUCGUGCCUGAUGUUACAACGCCUUUUUCUCACUUCGGCGUCGCCCUCAGCCCCACGUCGUCUGUUCACGAGAGCUCUCCGACAUUCAGCUACAGCCCUCCCAUUUUCGACUCACCCUUUCCGGCUACCACUGGGGCUUCUUCCGAUAUCACCUCUCCCUCUACUCCUCACAUCCACUCGUGCUCCGAGUCCAACUGCUCCAAGACCUUUGACAAAGUGUCUGAUCUCAAGAGACACGAACGUAAACACCGCCAGCCAUUCCGAUGCGAGCUCUGUGGCAAGGGACACCUUGACAAGCGCGCGCUUGGUCGGCACUUGUGGGCGAAACACCCCGAGUACGCUCAGCAACACAACACCAGGUCGGAGCGGAUAAGGUGCACCGAGUGCGACUACGAGGGGAGGGCAGAUAAUGUCGCCCGACACUCGAAGCGACAUGCCAAGAAGCGGUAGGGGGUUGAAGUGGUGUGUGAGCGCAUGUGUGUGUGUGUCAUGAUACCCGUGAAGUCUUCUCCUUUUGUGUUUUCUUACCUCUUUUUGUUUCAGCGUGCAUAUGUUCUUUUGGCGUUUUUUGGAAUUUGGAGAGAAGGAUAGGGCCCGU